AUGGCUGGAAAACCGAAAACCGAACAAGUCGCAAAGCGAAAGGACACCGAAGAUAGCACCGGCCCAAGGAAGAAGCAUCGAAAAUCAGCUUCUACGUUCUCGAAGCCAGCCAUCUUCGUAACCUUCCUAAUCGGCCCCGACCGCAGUGAAUUUGUUGUUCAUAAAGAAGUCGUCUUCAAUCGAUCGCAAGUUCUCGCCGCAGUAUUCUCGAGCGAUUGUAUAGAAGGUCAAACACAAACGAUGACAAUCGAAGACACCACUGAAGCUGCUUUCCGCUUCGUGGUUCAAUGGCUCUACUCUGAAAAGUUAGAGAUUGCUCAACUCGAAGCAUGGAAAGACAAAGUUGCAAAGGACACCAAGUUUCUCACAGAGGCCGAACAAAUGAUAGCCAUCGAGGAGGAUCAGGUACUGGCUGAGACUUGGGUACUGGCAGACAAAUAUGGCCUUUCUGGCCUGCAGAAUCUCGUCGUUGGAUACAUGACAGAUAUCUUGAAGUGUACAUGCAUUCCCUCGACGAGGACUUUCAAAUACAUCUAUCAGCACACAUCCGACGAUAGCCAAUUGCGAAAGGCCUGCAUCAUCUCACUGCCUAUCUCGAUGCUGUGA